GUACAAUGCUCCAGGGUACAAUGUGGGAGCAGGACUUUGCAAACAAGCUGAGUAUAAAAGCCAGAGAACGAUGCCUUUGCUCACAUUUCCAAUCACAGACACAAUGACUAAGAUGGUGCUUUUGCUCCUGUUGGUGACAGCAUGUGCUGCCAGUCCUCAAAGUCUUUCAGGUAAAAUGUUCAUCUUUCCACAAGAAACUAACACGGCAUACGUAAAGUUAACAACAUCAAUACAAGACCUAAGCGCCGUCACCGUCUGUUUCAGGUCCUUCACAGAACUUAAAAGAGAUCACUCGCUGUUCUCUAUGUCCCUACCCUCUGCAGAUAAUGCCUUUCUGAUCUUUAAAAAAGCUCAACGUGACCUCUUUCAUUUCGCGGUCCAAAAUGAACUUGUACAGCCUGAAUCUCAGGACUACAAGCUGAACAUGUGGCAAUCUAUAUGUGGAACAUGGGACUCCUCAUCUGGACUCACACAGAUGUGGUUGAAUGGAAAUCCAUCAAGCUUUAGAUAUACCACCUCUGGAAACAAUAUCAAUGGACCAAUAAGCAUUAUUUUAGGACAGGAACAAGAUUCAUACAGUGGUGGUUUUGACGCCACUCAAUCGUUAGUUGGAAUGAUGACGGAUGUUCAUAUGUGGGACUACACCCUCUCCCCAUGUGAUAUCCAGGGCUUUAUGGAAGAGAAACACUUUCCUGAAGGGAAUGUCUUCAACUGGAACUCUGCAGAAUUCCAGAUUGAAGGAAGAGUGCUGAUAAAAGAUAAACAGCAGUUUUGCCAGUAAGGGUGUUUCAGCAUGAAGGUCCAUAUACAUAUGAAGAAAAAUAAAUUGUUGUGAUUAGGAGUUAAAUUCUUUUGAUAAAAUGUAUCUUUUUUUUUAUUAUUUUCAUUGUAAGAACAAAUGUGUUUGUAAUUCACAUAACUUGUGAUUCACCUACCUUUCUAUUAUGUUAUCACUAUAUGUCCAAAGUAUAAACUAUUCUCAUUAAUGUGUGUUAUAGGAAUAUAUAUCUGGAAUUAGACAUUUUGAACAAGGAAUGCUGUAAAACAGAAUGACUUUGAAAAUCAAUCUUUGCAAAUUGAGGAAUUAAAGUCAAACAAUUCACUGAA